GUGCAUCUUACUUUUAAAAAAAAGACACUAUUUAAAUACCCCCUUAAACUCACACUAAUCCAACUGUCUUACUUUCUCUCCACCACUCUCUUCCAUCUCACCAGGUCCAAUGGAAUUAGACCCCAAAUUACUCAACAUAGCCACCCUCCUCAUCGCCACCUUAAUCGCCGCUAAAUUCAUCGCCACUUUCCUAAUCCCCAGAUCCCACAAACGCCUCCCACCGGUAGUCAAAUCAUGGCCGUUCAUCGGCGGUCUAUUCCGGUUCUUAAAAGGCCCCAUUAUCAUGCUCAAACAAGAGUACCCUAAACUGGGUAGUGUCUUUACACUCAAUCUGUUGAACAAGAACAUCACUUUCCUUAUUGGGCCGGAGGUUUCGGCCCAUUUCUUUAAAGCCUCUGAAUCCGAUCUGAGUCAGCAAGAGGUUUACCAGUUCAAUGUGCCGACUUUUGGGCCUGGCGUUGUGUUCGAUGUUGAUUAUUCUGUACGGCAGGAGCAGUUUAGGUUUUUUACUGAGGCGUUAAGGGUUAAUAAACUUAAAGGCUAUGUUGAUCAGAUGGUGUUUGAAGCUGAGGAAUAUUUCUCCAAAUGGGGGGACAGUGGUGAAGUGGAUCUAAAACAUGAACUAGAAAGCCUAAUCAUUCUAACAGCCAGUAGAUGCUUAUUAGGCGAAGAAGUUCGCAACAAGCUAUUGGACGACGUAUCCGCUCUGUUUCAUGAUCUCGAUAACGGGAUGCAACCCAUCAGUGUCAUAUUCCCCUAUCUCCCCAUCCCCGCCCACCGCCGCCGUGACCAGGCCCGCAAGAAACUUGCCAGCAUCUUUUCCACCAUCAUAACCUCCCGUAAACAAAGCGGCAAGUCCGAAAACGACAUGCUGCAAUGUUUUAUUGACUCCAAGUACAAAAACGGCCGGCCCACCACGGAAUCCGAGGUCACCGGACUUCUCAUCGCUGCGUUAUUCGCCGGCCAGCACACGAGUUCUAUAACCUCGACAUGGACCGGAGCGUACCUCCUCUGCAACCCGAAACACAUGGCGGCUGUGCUCGAUGAACAGAAGAAUCUCGUGAACAAACAUGGCGAAAAAGUUGAUCACGAUAUCUUAUCGGAGAUGAACGUUUUGUACAGGUGUAUUAAAGAAGCGUUAAGACUCCACCCGCCGCUAAUCAUGCUGCUACGCAGCUCUCACUGUGAUUUCGCCGUGACUACAAAGGAAGGGAAAGAAUAUGACAUACCGAAAGGCCACAUAGUCGCCACGUCACCUGCAUUUGCCAACCGGUUGCCACAUGUGUUUAAAGAUCCGGACUCGUAUGACCCGGAUAGAUUCGGGCCGGGUAGAGAAGAGGAUAAGGCGGCGGGGGCGUUUUCGUACAUUUCGUUUGGUGGUGGUAGACAUGGUUGUUUAGGAGAACCGUUUGCGUAUUUGCAAAUUAAAGCGAUUUGGAGCCAUCUGUUGAGAAACUUUGAGCUGGAAUUGGUUUCUCCCUUUCCUGAGACGGAUUGGAAUGCGAUGGUGGUUGGUGUUAAAGGGAAGGUUAUGGUUCGUUACAAGCGAAAAGUGUUGCAAUGUUAACAUGUUUGGUACUACUCAUGUUCUGUCUCUUUUUCUAAUUCUAGUGUGCUAAGGUUGUCAAUGUUGAUGUUGUUCAAUUGAUUUACGUAAUUUUUUUCGUAACCUGAAGAUUUAGAACCUUAAUUUCGUGUAAUUCCUUGUGUCCGGGUAUACAAUCUGGGAUUUGCGUAGGGUGUUACAGUUUUGAUAAAUCGAAAAACUUUCUCCCC